UUCCACUGUCAACUCUUCCUUUCUCUCUCUAAAAUUAAUCAAUUCUCUAUUUCCUUCUCUCGGGAGAAAUCUGAAAUUCUUAUUGAUCGAAUUAUAGUCUGAUUUUUGUAUUCAAGAUAAGAAGAAGAUGAAUGAUUUGUUAGCAGGAUCGUUUGCUAGAUUCAGAAGCGAUGAUGUUGAACAAGGUGGUGGUGGUGGUGGAAAUAUACAGAUGGGAGGAGGAGGAGGAACAGUGGUAGGUGUAAACCUAGACAAAUUCUUUGAAGAUGUUGAAAGUAUUAAAGAUGAAUUAAAAGAAGUUGAAAGAAUACAUCAAAAACUUUCAGAUGCAAAUGAAGAAAGCAAAACAAGUCAUAAUGCUAAAUCAAUCAAAGAAAUAAGAUCUCGUAUGGAUUCAGACAUUUCAUUAGCUUUGAAAAAAGCUAAACUCAUUAAAGUUCGAUUAGAAGCAUUAGAUCGAGCAAACGCAUCAAAUCGAAGCUUCCCAGGUUGCGGACCAGGUAGUUCAUCAGAUCGGACAAGAACAUCAGUCGUUAAUGGACUCCGCAAAAAACUCAAAGAUUCAAUGGAUAAUUUCAAUUCUCUCCGUGAAAAGAUUUCAUCAGAGUACAAAGAUACAGUCAAGAGACGAUACUACACGGUUACUGGAGAAAAUCCAGCUGAUUCAAUUGUUGAUAACUUGAUUUCGACUGGGGAAAGUGAAUCGUUUUUACAGAAAGCGAUUCAGGAACAAGGAAGAGGAAGAGUUUUAGAUACUAUAAGUGAAAUUCAAGAAAGACAUGAUGCUGUUAAGGAAGUGGAGAAAGGAUUACAUGAUUUACAUCAAGUAUUUUUAGAUAUGGCUGUGUUAGUUGAAGUACAAGGUGAACAAUUAGAUGAUAUUGAAAGUCAUGUUGCUAGAGCUAAUUCAUUUGUUAGAGGUGGAACUGAACAAUUGGUAACUGCUAAGAAACAUCAAAGAAGUACUAGGAAAUGGACUUGUUAUGCUGUUAUACUGCUUCUGGUUGUGAUUCUGGUUAUUACUCUUCCAAUUGUUCUUAGAGGCGGCGGCGGCAGCAACGCCGCCCCCAGUAAUACUGUUACUCCUCCUCCUUCUCCUCCUGCUUCAUAGAUUUAUACCCCCAGCAAGAAGCGAAGAAAUUUAGUUUGGUGAAAUUUUCUGCAAUAUUUUGGUUUUUUAUUUUUCUUUCUGAUUCUGUCUUAUAUUACUGUAAUAUGAAAAUUUUAUUUGUUUAGUAAAUCUGUUAAUUCUUAUAUUUGUAUUAAUUUUUGGGUAUAUUUGUUGUUAAUAAGAGAAUAUCAGAAUUAUGUAUCCUUGUUGUAGAACAUGGUAGAAUCAGUAAGUCAAUAGUAAUUCGUGGUUAGCUUCC